UUUGACUUUAUUUUCUAGAUCCCACCAAAUCAAAGCUUGAUCUGGAAAGUAAAUUAAGGACACAAUUUCUCGAUACAGAGAAAACAUGGUGCUGAAAGUAUGUGCUGAUCGACUCUCCGCACCCUCUCGUUCUGUUCUCAUCUUCUGCAAAAAAAACGGGAUAGAUUUUGAGGAAAUUGUGGUUACUGUCUUGAAAGGCCACCAAUUCUCCCCUGAAUAUAAAGCAAUAAAUCCCAUGGGUCAAGUUCCUGCAAUAGUUGAUGGAAAAUUGAAGCUCUUUGAAAGUCAUGCGAUUCUUAUCUACUUAUCUUGUGCUAUUCCAGGAGUAGCGAGUCAUUGGUAUCCUGGUGAUCCAGCCAAAAGAGCGAAGGUCCACUCCAUUUUAGAUUGGCAUCAUUUGCAUCUUCGACGUGGUGCAGGUGGACUUGUAUUCCACAGUAUCCUAGCACCAGUAAAUGGCAUGCGUUCAUACCCUGAGAUACUCAUUCAAACUGAGGAGAUACUCUUGAGAUCUUUGUCUAAAUUAGAAAAUGUUUGGUUAAAAGAUGGAAGAUUUUUGGGUGGAAGCACUCAACCUUCAAUUGCAGAUCUCAGUUUAGCAUGUGAAGUCAUGCAACUUGAGCUUUUGAGUGAGAGGGAUUACCAUAGGAUACUAACCCCUUACAAGAAAGUGAAAAAGUGGAUAGAAGACAUAAGGAGUGCAACUGCACCUUAUUUUGAUGAAGUUCAUGAGCAUCUCUUUGAAUCUCAAAAAGGAAUUCGAGAGAAAAUGGUGACACAUUCUGGAAAAAACAAUGUGAGGUCAAAGAUGUGAGAUGACACAUAAGGGUACCUUGUUGUUUGUUGAAUGGAUAAUAUUAUUAUGCAACACUUUUUUGUAUCAGUUUGCACAGUGGCGGAGCCGGUAUUUAAGAAUAAAGGGGG